CUCAAAGUUGACUGUCCGCAGCGCCACUGGCUUGAAUGAACUUAAUAUCGUCAGUAACCUACCUGCACUGCCCAUGAGUCAUGACUCCUCGGUCCAGUGCAUGAAUGCGCCAUUCCCUCAUAGCAGGAUUCAAGGGUGUAGUCCACCAACGAGCAGCAAAUUGCGAAACAGCCAGCCUCUUGCCAAUCCAUGGCCUCCUUGCAUCGGCUCACUGUGUGAGUCAGGCGCACGUCACGACGGGGAAGUUCUAUAACUGGAGAUAUUUGCCACUGGUACACGAUAGACACUGUCAAAACGAAUAUAGUCACCGAUGGGAAAGGUGGGUCCACGGACAAGAUCGUGCGUGAGGCUGCAAAGUGCUCGCUCGCUAUGAGUCAGGGCAAGAAGGGAAGCGCCGCCGAUUCCGGGGAUCCGCCAGAUGGGAGCACGUGGCAUGGAUGGGGGAAAAUGGGAUCCAGGCCCAUUGGGAUCAUAACUAGUUUGGCUGGAGCUGUCACGGGUCGGCAAACCGGGCUGUAGACGAACGAGUCAGAUCGGCUUCGUAGGCUUCUUCAGAAACUUCGAUUUCUCCAGGUUUGACAAAUUCAACGGGAGGCAAGCCGGAGUGCUUCCAAGGAGCCCCGAAGUAUCGGCAGGCGCCAUGCCUCAGAGACCAAAACCUUAACCUGAUUGGGCAAGGCCUCCGUCUGGCCACCAGCCCUAACCAAGAACGCCGAGGGAAAAGGCGGAAAAGUGGAAAACCUUG